GAAGGCAAAAGCCACUUUAAUUUUUAAUAAAGUGAAAACGCCGUUGGUUAUGGUUAGACGGCAACAUUGAAAUAAAUCUGAAAACGUAACCUAUUCUUGCCCAAGCAAAACAAAACCUAACAUUUCCGUAAUUUGUAUAAAGGGAAAGAUGUUAAUUAAGUCACAAACGGAAUAUAAAGUGAAAUCUCCCCCGGAUGAUGCCAUAUCGGCUGUUAAAUUUGGUCCGAAUACGAACCAAUUUCUUUUGGUCAGCUCGUGGGAUGGAAAUGUUAGAUUGUAUGAUGUUUUGGCGAAUAGUUUGCGGCACAAGUAUUCACAUGCCGGUCCGGUGUUAGAUUGUUGUUUUACUGAUGCCGUACAUUCGUAUAGUGGUGGACUGGAUAGUACAUUGAAGUCGCUCGACUUUAACACAACUGCAGAGACCACCGUCGGAACACACAACAUGCCAAUUCGGUGUGUGGAAUAUUGUCAGGAAGUAAACGGAAUACUAACCGGAAGUUGGGAUAACUUCCUAAAAUUGUGGGAUCCCAGAGCGCCGAUCUGCAGCGGUAAUUACAACCAAGGCGACAAAGUGUACACCAUGAGCGUCUGCGGCGAGAAACUAGUGGUGGGCACCGCCGGUCGUAAAAUACUAGUUUGGGACAUACGGAACAUGUCCUACACGCUACAGAAACGCGAAUCAAAUCUCAAAUAUCAAACGCGAGCGAUACGAUGUUUCCCGAAUAAGCAGGGUUUCGUGUUAAGUAGCAUCGAGGGACGAGUGGCCGUCGAAUAUUUGGAUACGAGUCCGGAGAUACAAAAGAAGAAGUACGCGUUUAAGUGCCAUAGAAUUAAAGAAGACGGAUUGGAGCGCAUUUAUCCAGUAAACGCGAUAAGCUUUCAUCCGGCAUACAAUACAUUUGCGACUGGAGGCUCGGACGGUUACGUUAACAUUUGGGACGGAUUCAAUAAGAAACGUUUGUGCCAAUUUCACCAGUACCACACAUCCAUUACAUCUUUAAGUUUCAGUCAUAACGGUUCAAUCUUGGCAAUUGCCUGCUCCUACUUCUUAGAGGAAGAUAAUCCCGUUAGUCCUUUACCGGAAGAUGCGAUCUACAUUCGGACAGUUACAGAUCAAGAAACAAAGCCGAAACAAAGUAACUCAUAAGUUCUAAUUUAUUUUUACACUUACGAAGGAAUCACAUUUCUUAAACUAAUGGUAUUUAAUUGUCUUAUUAAAUUAAACACUGAGAUCGUUGCAA